AUCAAAUCUGCCCAAUAAAAUACUUCGUUACAAAAUUGUUUCAAAACUUGUAAUGAUUAAUUCCGAAACGUUAAAAUCGGUUCAAUAAUUGUUUGUUUUGAUGUUACUUAUGAAGACAACGAUACAUCUUGUUAGUGAUAAUUGCAUACAACUGAAUAGGUAUGGGUGAUGACAGUGAAUGGAAUAAGCUGCCAACAGAUGAAAAAGUACAGCACAAGGUGUGGAAAGCCAGGUUAGCUGGCUACGAAGAGUCACUCAAGCUCUUCCAGACGAUUGACGAUGAUAAAAGCCCAGAAUUCUCAAAAUUUGCACCUUUAAUCAGAAAAUACGUGGUAGACAGCAAUGCCGUUGCACAGGAGAAAGCGUUGGAAGCUGUCAUCGCGUUUGUAGAGAAUGCAGCUGUUGCAGCCAAAAUUGCCCAUGAGGUGAUCACUGGCGUGGUUCAGAAGUGCCUGAGCUCACCGAAGACAAAGACACGUGACUAUGGGAAAGAGAUCAUCAUGCUGUACAUAGAGGCAGAAAAACAGGACGUAGUGUCGGAGGAUGUGAUAGAGGGUUGGGCAAACAAGAACCCCAAGGUCGUGUCAGCCUGCGUACAGGUGAUGAGGGAGGCUCUCAGGGACUUUGGAAACAAAAUUAUAGGCAUCAAACCCAUGGUGAAAUUCCUACCCAAGCUUCUGGAAGACCGUGAUAAGGCAGUGCGUGAUGAAGCCAAGCUUCUGGUGAUAGAGAUGUACAGAUGGGUGGGGGCAGCAAUCAAGCCAAAACUGGUGGAUUUCAAACCUGUCCAGGUUGCUGAGCUGGAGGCAGAGUUUGAGAAGCUGCAGGGUGAGAAGGCCCAGCAGGUACGCUUCCUGCGCUCACAGCAGGACCUCAAGGCCAAAAUGGAGGAGAAGGCUGCCAUGGCUGAGGCUGGGGAGGAACCCGAGGAGGAGCAAGAAGCGGGUGAAGACGUAGACCCAUAUGACCUUCUGGAACCUGUCAACGUUCUGGCUGCUCUGCCAAAGGAUUACUAUGACAAAAUUGAGGCUAAGAAAUGGCAGGAGAGAAAGGAGGUGUUGGAGGCAGUCAACAAGCUCUGUGAGAGCCCCAAAAUAGAGCCAGGAGACCACGGUGCCCUGGUCAAGACCCUUAUGAAGGUGGUUGCAAAGGAUACAAAUGUGAUGCUGGUAGCCCUGGGGGCAAAGUGUCUGGCAGGAUUGGCCAUGGGACUGAGGAACAAGUUCAACACAUACGCUGCACAGUGUAUACAAGUGUACAUCGAAAAGUUCAAAGAGAAGAAACCAAUGGUUGUGACAGCUCUAAGGGAGGCUAUUGAUGCUGCUUACCUCUCAAUAAGUUUGGAACCACUAAUAGAAGACAUCACGGCUGCACUCGAUAACAAGAACCCCCAGAUCAAGGCAGAGACUGCGCUAUUCCUGGCGCGGGCGUUUGCCAGGCUCACAAUAACAACCCUGCCCAAGAAGCAGCUGAAGGUGUUCUGUGGAGGGCUGCUCAAGACUGUGAAUGACACAGUCUUAGAAGUGCGUGAGGCGUCCUUCGAGGCUCUAGGUAUGGCCAUGAAAGUGGUCACAGAGAAAAAUAUUAUGGCCUACAUGGUUGAUGUGGAUGCCAUAAAAAUGGCAAAGAUCAAGGAGUGUUGUGAGAAAGCUGUGUUGCUGAAUGCCAAAGGUGAGCCUCGUUCAGGUGGGGGUGGCGCCACCAAAACUGCUGCCCCCGCUGCCAAGGGCGGCUCUAACGAACCAAAACCUGUCAAGCGACCUGGUGCACCUCCCUCCGGAUCUGACCGACCAAAGACUGCUCCUGCAAAAUCAAGUGAUGGACCCCCCAAAACUUCCCGCCCAGCCACAGCAAAAGCUGGUGGCCCCCCUAAAACAGCCAAGAAAGGGGCAGCCAAAAAGGGUUCAGCCCCUCAGGCAGAGGAAAGGACUGAAAAGGUUUUGUCGGACGAGAUCGUCAAAGAGAAAGCCACAGAGUUGCUGGGUGCUGACAUCUUGGCCCAACUAGAAAAUGCCAAUUGGAAGGAGCGCUUGGCAGGCAUUGAAACCAUGACGACCAACAUCAAACGCAUGACAAAAGACAUGAUCCCGUGUCAAGUGUGUGUGAGGAUUCUUAUGCAGAAGCCUGGUCUUAAGGACAACAACUUCCAGGUAUUGAAAGUAAAACUGGAUCUUCUUGCGCACCUUGCCCUGAACGCAGACUUCACUAAAACCUCCGCUGAGUAUUGCCUCCCUGACCUUGUUGAGAAAGUUGGUGACGUAAAGAACGGCGCAGGCGCCCAAGAGGCCCUCAGCGCCAUAGCAGAGGCCACGUCACUUGACUUUGUGGCAGGAACUGUGAUGAACCUUGCCUUUGCGCAGAAGAAUCCCAAGAACCAAUCAGAGGCUUUGAACUGGCUGACAAAGGGUGUCACAGAAUUCGGGCUGAAGAUUCAGAUCAAGCCUCAUCUGGAAAACAUCAAAAAAGCGUUUGCAGCAACCAAUCCUGCAGUGCGCCAGUCUGCCCUAAGCCUUCUACCUGUAUUGUACAUGUACAUGGGGCCCCAGCUACGCAUGUUCUUUGAGGACGAAAAACCUGCCUUGCUGCAGCAGAUUGAUGCAGAGUUUGAAAAGGUGAAAGGUCAGAAGCCCCCUGCUCCUAUACGGGGACUCAAGGCUGCCGAUGGUGGCGAGGAGGCUGAAGAUGAUGAUGGCAAUGAAGGUGGUGGCGGUGAGGAUGAGGACGGUGUUGCUGACUUGGUGCCAAGAAAUGAUGUAGGUGAGAAGUUUUCCCAGGAUUUGAUUGAGUCAUUGUCCGAUAAGAACUGGAAGGUGCGAGGUGAGGGCCUUCAGAAGAUAACGUCCAUCUUGAAUGAGGCCAAGUUCAUCACUGGAAACCUUGGGCCCCUUCCUGAGGCCAUCAAAGCAAGGCUGGGGGACAAUAACAAAAUUCUUGUGACGACAACUAUCACCAUUUGUGCUACUCUGGCCACGAACAUGGGCCCGCACUGCAAGGCCCACAUAAAGACCAUCGGUCCAGCCCUCGUAAGUUGCCUAGGCGACAGUAAGCCUGCACUACGCUCAGCCGCGUUGGGGGCACUUAACGCAUGGGUUGACAACACAACCCUGACCCCACUGGUUGAAUGCGAGGCAUUCAGUGACGCGCUCAAGUUGGAUAAUCCAAAUCUGAGGCAAGAGCUGCUGGGUUGGCUGAUAGAGCGCCUGCCGGCUCACAAGCCCCUGCCCCGGGACGAGAUACGUCUGUGCAUCCCGCAUGUGCUCACAUGCCUCGAGGACCGCAAUGGCGAUGUGAGGAAGAAGGCGCAGGAGGCCCUUGUUCCCUUCAUGAUCCACACUGGAUAUGAGGCUGUCUAUAAGGCUACCAGCAAACUUAAGCCAGCCUCUAAAGACCAAAUAAUGCAGAUCAUAGAGAAAGCCAAAGAGAACCUCCCAGCCAAGCAGCCUGCAAAGAAAGCUGCCCCGCCCCCGUCUACUAAGUCUGCCCCGCCCCCGUCUACCAAGUCUGCCCCACCCCCUGUGGCAGACGACGAUGAUGAUGAGCCUCCACCCAAGCCAAAGGCAGCUCCCAAGGAAAAAUCUCCAACUGCAGGGGCACCAGAAAAAGCAGCAACCAAGGGCCCUGGGAAAACAAAGGCUACACCUCUGGCUGCCCCGAGCAAAAAGAAGAAAGUAGAGGAGGACCUAGGACCACCCAUCACCCUCACAGAGAGCAAGGAAAAGAGGUUCAAAGAUGAGAAAAACAUGAAGUGCCUUAAGUGGAACUUUAUGGACCCAAAGCCGGAGUAUGUAGAGCAGCUGCGGACACAGAUGGAGAGAAACUUCAGCAAGACCAUGAUGGACCUGCUCUUCAGUACAGACUUCAAGGCCCACACCAAGGCCAUUGAAAUACUAAUUGGGUGCAUGGAAAGUAUCCAAGCGGAACAACUUGGCAAUCUAGAUCUGAUAUUGAAGUGGUUCACUCUUCGCUUCUUUGACACAAACCCAAGCAUGUUGAACAAAGGACUGGAGUAUCUGCAGAAGCUGUUCACAACGCUGAUAGAGAUUGACUACUCCCUACACGAGUUUGAGGCAACCUCGUUUGUGCCCUACCUGGUGAUAAAGGUAGGUGAGAACAAGGACAAUGUACGUCGAGAUGUGCGCAGUUUAUUCAAGCUCCUGUACAAGAUCUACCCAGCCAGCAAGAUGUUUGAGUUCAUUUCAAAUGGAAUCAAGUCCAAAAACUCCAAGCAACGAACGGAGUGCCUUGAGGAGCUAGGGUACCUGAUAGAGACUUACGGCAUCUCCAUCUGCCAGCCUGCGCCGGCAGUGGCACUCAAACAGAUAGCAGGGCAGAUCAGUGACCAGGACAACAAGGUGCGGAACGCAGCGCUCAACUCCACUGUCAUCGCAUUCAACAUCCUGGGAGAGGGCCUCUACAAGUACAUCGGCGUUCUUCGAGAGAAAGACCAGAGCUACCUGGAUGAGCGUAUCAAGCGGUCAAAGAGCAAGCCUGCUACUUCAGCCCCUCCCCCUGCCAAGCAGGAGAGACCCAAGUCUGCACCACAGCCCCCCUCUGCCACCCAGCAGGCACAGAGAUCCAAUACUCAGCCUCAGAUCCAGAGGCCUGGCACAGGCAUGCCCAAGUCCCAGUCGAGCAAUGCUGUGAGAAAGGAGUACCAACUGGAGAUCAGUGAUGACUCCAACAAGGAAAACUUCCAGAUCCCGCAGCUCUAUCAGUUUGAAAGCCUUGAUGAAUGGCUACAGCCAGUCUCUCUGCCUAAAGUCAAGGCCCGACCCCCAUCUCCAAGCCCGAAAUUCCGUAAUGACCCGGACACCUCAAGCACAAUCAGUUUUGUCAUCUCACAAAUCACUACAAGGGAAAUAACCAAGUGUGUUCAGGCACUGGCACAGAUUGAUGAGGUACUGAAGGAUGCUGACAAGGUUGCCUUGAUGGGUAACCAUGUAGAACAGCUCCUGGUAGCAAUCUCCAUGCAGUUCAAGAUGGCUUAUUCUACGCACAUGGGGGACAUUGAGACAGCCAAGGACGAAGUCAUGCGUCUCUAUAGGUGUUUACUUGCAACACUGGUAACGUUGUUCCAGAACAGCCAGCUGGCCGGCCAGGCUUCCCGGGACACACUGAAGGAGUUGCUGUACAACCUGGUCACCCUACUGCUGGACAGCCGCCUCAACGACCUGGAGGAGGGGCCGCAGAUCGUGCGCUCGGUUAAUGUGCUGGUGGUCAAAAUUGUGGAGAAGUCACAUCAGACCAAUGUGCUGUGUGCAUUGAUCCGGCUUUUCCAAGAGUGCGUUGAUAGCCAGACUUGCAGCAACAAGUUUAUCGAGAUUAUCAUGAAGUGUCUAUGGAAGAUGGUGAAGAUGUUGCCAGACAUAAUCAACGAUCUGAAUCUUGACCGGGUGCUCUAUGACAUCCAUAUGUUCCUCAAGGCAUUCCCCUCACACUCUUGGAAGGACCGGCCCAACGACCUCCCACUCCGGACCAUCAAGACUGUGCUGCACUCACUUGUCAAACUGAAAGGAUCAAAAAUCUUGCAACACCUGGGUCAGAUAGACGCCAGUGAGAAGUCGGAGAUGAAGCUGUACAUACAGAUGGUGCUACAGAAGGAUGGACUCAGUACGGAGGUGGAGGUAAAUGGAACCAACGCAGAGAACAGGACACCAAGGAAUACCACCAAGUCAAGGCGUCUGUCCAACGUGACUCACGACACGCUGACCAAGAUAUUUCAGAAGGUGGGCUCUAAAGAGAGCUCCAAAGAAGGCUUGCGGGAACUGUACGAGUUCAAAAAGAACUGCCCUGAGGAAAAUAUUGAACCGUUCCUAAAGAAGACCAGCCACUAUUUUCAGAAUUACGUUGAACGCGGACUCAAAGCCCUGGAGCAGGAAGAGACACAAGGUGACACCAAGGGUACAAGUGAUGCAGAGAUUGGCAGUUCAGACCAGUUUUCGCAGAGGACGGCUCAGCCUAAGAAAGUGAUGGGGGUUUCCAGUGGUAUGGAUGGCUUGACAGAGGUUGGAGCCGGCCAGACCAGCGAGGCCAACCCUGCGCCAUACUUCCGGGAGAAACUACGCAUGCUUAGGGCCCAGUGUGGUCUGGAUCCUAAUGCAACAGUCAGCGAGGUGGAAGCAAAAGACAGUUUGCCCUCAUUACGACAAGACCCUGAUAGAAACAUUAUGGAUUCCAAAGCAGAGGAUGAGAUUUCACACCCUAUGCCCAGAGGCCAUUCAGUAGAACGCAAUGAAGACUCAGAGGAAAACCAGCUGCCGUCCCAGCAAAAAUUAUCUGACGUUUCAUCACUCAAGGCCCGGUUAGAAAAAAUUAAGAAAAUGGCCAACAGUUGAAACUUCAAUUCAGCUUCUUUCCUAGGCUAAGUGUUUCACACAUAAUGCAACUCUGACCAGCGAUUACAAGCGUUUAAACAGUGCCAAGAAGUGGAUUGUGGCAAUUUUCUUGUGCGACUUAGUGCCCCAUUGUUGUUUAAGGUAUUAAACACAGUUUCGGUUAUGGCCUCUAGUUCCUUUUGUGGGUGAUUGGCCAUAUCAUCAACCAUUUGCUGAGGUUGCUUUUGGGAUUGAGUUUUAUUUGCUUUCAUGGUGGACUAUUAUUUAUGGUGUCAGUGCGUGAACAAAAAUGAACGCUAACACUGGAGGAUUCAUGAUCAAGCAUUGGUGUUCAAGAACAAUUCUCUGUGUAAAAUCUGUAUCUAUAAAGUCAUAUCUGUAUUAUAUUAAGUCCAUCUUAAUGUUACAUUGUAUUUACACUGUUCUUUUCAUUUUUUUAGACUUUAUUCCAAGAAACUUAUAAUAAUUUAAAGUAAUCCUAAAUGCUGAGUAUUCAUCCAUUGAAAAUGUAUGUUAUAAAAGAGUCUGUGAAGGCAACAUAUUCAUAGCAAAUUAUGAGUUUUCUUUAUCAACUAAAAACAAAGCAAUUGCACACACAUUCAUACUUAAAACUUGCUCAUUCAUUGGACAGAAUAAUGUAGCAGUAACCGACUAAAUGGGAACAGAAAUUUGCAUUCUCUUUUGUUAUUUGUGUGAUUUUUUUACCACAUUUAAUUUAUUAUGAGGAACUUAUUGAUUCCCAACUUAUUUCAAGUGCUCCUUAGAAACCAAGGGUACAAAUGAGUCUUUCUCUGUGAAAAGAGAGUUUAUUGCUUGUGCUUAAAGUGUCCUCCCAGAUUAGCCUGUGUAGUCCGCACAGACUAAUCAGGGAAGACACUUUCCGCCCAAACAGGAGUUUUUGCUAAGAAGAGAAUCUCUGUCAACAAAAAACAUCAUUAAAGCAAAAAGUGUCGAAACCCCGUUUUCACAGAGCACUGUCCAAAUGUAAACCUUAAUUCUUCACUGGAUUAAUGUGUUGUAUAUGUCUGACAGUUUUAUUUCUGUAGAUUGUGUUUGCAAUCAUACAAGUACUGGAACUACAUACAUAUAUAUAAACCAUUGUGAGACA